UAUAGAUCGAAACAAUGUCAAGAAAUGUGGAGAUUGUUAAGAACAAGCAUGUUUUGCUUAAAAAUUACAUCGAUGGAAGUCCAAAAGUGUCUGAUUUUAUCAUCAGUACUGAAACUACCAUAAAGUUGGAAGUUCCUGAAGGCUCAAAUGGUGUUUUACUCAAGAAUCUUUACCUGUCUUGCGAUGCUUACCUGUGCUUCCUCAUGCGAGGGCCGCAAUCUUCUUCUCUGUCCGGAUCAUUUCGCGGGUUUACUCCCGGUGCUCCAAUAGGGGGAUCCGGUGUUUCUGAAGUGGUGGAUUCAAAGAAUCCUAAUUUCAAAAAAGGUGACUUUGUAUGGGGCGAAACUUUAUGGGAAGAGUACACCUUCGUAUCACAACCUCGUUCUCAUUUCAAGAUUGAUGUUCACAAGGAUAUACCACUUUCAUAUUAUACUGGAAUUCUUGGUAAGUCUGGGUUGAGUGCAUACGGUGGAUUCUAUGAGAUAUGCAAUCCGAAGGAAGGCGAAAAAGUGUUUGUAUCUGCAGCAUCUGGAGCAGUUGGUCAACUUGUCGGACAAUUUGCCAAAUUGGCAGGAUGUUAUGUAGUAGGUAGUGCUGGAAGUGAUAAAAAGGUGGAUCUUCUUAAGAACGAGCUGGGAUUUGACGAUGCUUUCAAUUACAAAGAAGAACAAGAUCUAGACGCUACUUUAAAAAGGUACUUUCCAAAUGGAAUUGAUAUUGAUUUUGAGAACGUAGGGGGGAAAACCCUAGACGCAGUACUUCCGAACAUGAAAAUGCAUGGCAGAAUAUCCGUAUGUGGAAUGAUUUCGCAAUACAAUAUACAGAAACAAGACCCAUUGCACAACAUUAAGUGGGUUCUUUUCAAGCGUCUUAAGAUGGAAGGAUGGUCUGUUAUUGAUUAUUUUCCAAUCUACCCAAAGUUUUUGGAAUUUAUUCUUCCUUAUGUCCUUGAAAGGAAGAUCAAAUAUGUGGAAGACAUUGUUGAAGGUCUUGAAAAUGGUCCUGCUGCCUUCUCAGGCAUCUACACCGGUCUGAAUUUCGGAAAACAAGUGGUUAAAGUUUUCCAUGAUUAGUCUACCACACCAACAAAUCUAAUACUCCCACUGUCCCAAAAUUAUUGUCCAGUUUGAGAUUUCAAUUUUAGUACAAUUUAAACUAAAAAUGAAAAUUUAAACU